AGAGGCAGAAGUCAGUGUCCCCACAAAUGUGGACAACAUGGAUGGGUUAUCUCUUUCCAGGUGCCUGGGGGUGUUAUGGGGCAAAAGUGAAGGGAGGGGGCUACGUUAGAAGAGGGUCAUAGCAGUGAGGGUCCCCCACUGGCAGGAAUCAGCAGCCUAGGUGGGUGAUAUUAGCUUUGGGGACCAGAGCUUCUGGGCCUUGGGAGUGGGGGAGCUGUUAGCGUCCCAGGUGUGAGUGUGUGUAUGUGCUAUACGUUUGCAUGGCCUUGUCAAGGAGCCUGUGUGUGACUGAGGGGUUGGUGGAAGCAGAAGAGAAGGUCCCUAACAUAUAGGGUAAUGGAACCUUCCAAGAGGUGCUGAGUGUCCUAAAGGACUGGCCACUGCUAACCUCUCCCCUGAACUUAGGGACCAGGGGUUCAGCAAACACUGCUUUAAGACCCUUUGAGAGAGGAGUGUCAUCAGGGAUGGACCUGAGGAGAACCAGCUCGGGGCUCCACACCCUGCAGAGAAAGAGCAGAGGAACCCAAACCCUGUCUUUUCCUGGGGGUCCAGAGCGGAUGAAUCAAGAUUAAACCUAAGUAGAAGAGGGACUUAAGUUGGGCUUAAGUCUGUCUGAAAGACAAUAGAAUUUUGUUAGGGAGAGGUUUCUCUGACCUGAGGAACAGCAGGAAGCAAGGCCUGGAGAUGAAGACCACACACCACAGUCUAGCAGGGGACCCUCCAGUGGACAUGGGUGGGGCCCUAGGGCCCGCUCUGCUGCUCGCUUCCCUCCUCGGUGCCUGGGCAGGGCUGGGCCCCGGGCAGAGAGAGCAAGCAGUGACGGUGGCAGUGGUGUUUGGCAGCUCUGGGCCACUGCAGGCCCAGGCCCGCACUCGUCUCGCCCCCCAGAACUUCGUAGACCUGCCUCUGGAGAUCCAGCCACUCACAGUUGGCGUCAACAAUACCAACCCCAGCAGCAUCCUCACCCAAAUCUGCGGGCUUCUGGGAGCUGCCCGUGUCCACGGCAUCGUCUUUGAAGACAACGUGGAUACUGAGGCGGUGGCCCAGCUACUGGACUUCGUCUCCUCCCAGACCCACGUGCCCAUCCUCAGCAUCAGCGGAGGCUCUGCUGUGGUCCUAACCCCCAAGGAGCCUGGCUCCGCCUUCCUGCAGCUGGGCGUGUCCCUGGAGCAGCAGCUGCAGGUGCUGUUCAAGGUGCUGGAGGAGUACGACUGGAGCGCGUUCGCCGUCAUCACCAGCCUGCACCCUGGCCACGCGCUCUUCCUCGAGGGCGUGCGCGCCGUCGCCGACGCCAGCUACCUGAGCUGGCGGCUGCUGGACGUGCUCACACUGGAGCUGGGCCCCGGCGGGCCUCGAGCGCGCACUCAGCGCCUGCUGCGCCAGGUCGACGCUCCCGUGCUGGUGGCCUACUGCUCCCGCGAGGAGGCUGAGGUGCUCUUCGCUGAGGCUGCACAGGCCGGCCUGGUGGGACCCGGCCACGUGUGGCUGGUGCCUAACCUGGCGCUGGGGAGCACCGACGCGCCCCCGGCUGCCUUCCCUGUGGGCCUCAUCAGUGUGGUCACCGAGAGCUGGCGCCUUAGCCUGCGCCAGAAGGUUCGCGACGGUGUGGCCAUCCUGGCCCUCGGUGCCCACAGCUAUCGACGCCAGUACGGUACGCUGCCUGCCCCGGCUGGGGACUGCCGAAGCCACCCCGGACCUGUCAGCCCUGCCAGGCAGGCCUUCUACAGGCACCUACUGAAUGUCACCUGGGAGGGCCGAGACUUCUCCUUCAGCCCUGGUGGGUACCUGGUCCAGCCCACCAUGGUUGUGAUCGCCCUCAACCGGCACCGCCUCUGGGAGAUGGUGGGGCGCUGGGAUCAUGGAGUCCUGUACAUGAAGUACCCAGUAUGGCCUCGCUACAGCACUUCUCUGCAGCCUGUGGUGGACAGCCGGCAUCUGACGGUGGCCACACUGGAAGAACGGCCCUUUGUCAUUGUGGAAAGCCCUGACCCUGGAACUGGUGGCUGUGUACCCAACACUGUGCCCUGCCGUAGACAGAGCAACCAUACCUUCAGCAGCGGGGAUGUAACCCCCUACACCAAGCUCUGUUGUAAGGGCUUCUGCAUCGACAUCCUCAAGAAGUUGGCCAAGGUGGUCAAGUUCUCCUAUGACCUGUACCUGGUGACCAACGGCAAACAUGGCAAGCGGGUGCGAGGUGUGUGGAACGGCAUGAUCGGGGAGGUAUACUACAAGCGGGCAGACAUGGCCAUCGGCUCCCUCACCAUCAAUGAGGAGCGCUCUGAGAUUAUAGACUUCUCUGUGCCUUUUGUGGAGACCGGCAUCAGUGUGAUGGUGGCUAGAAGCAAUGGCACUGUCUCCCCCUCAGCCUUCCUGGAACCCUACAGCCCUGCCGUGUGGGUGAUGAUGUUUGUAAUGUGCCUGACGGUGGUUGCCAUCACCGUCUUCAUGUUCGAGUACUUCAGCCCUGUCAGCUACAACCAGAACCUCACCAAGGGCAAGAAAUCUGGAGGACCAUCCUUCACCAUUGGCAAGUCCGUGUGGUUGCUGUGGGCGCUGGUCUUCAAUAACUCUGUUCCCAUCGAGAACCCCCGGGGUACCACCAGCAAGAUCAUGGUCCUGGUGUGGGCCUUCUUUGCUGUUAUCUUUCUCGCCAGCUACACGGCCAAUCUGGCAGCCUUCAUGAUCCAGGAGCAAUACAUCGACACUGUGUCGGGCCUUAGUGACAAGAAGUUUCAGCGACCUCAAGAUCAAUACCCACCCUUCCGUUUUGGCACGGUGCCCAAUGGCAGCACAGAGAGGAACAUUCGGAGCAACUACCGUGACAUGCACACCCACAUGGUCAAGUUCAACCAGCGCUCAGUGGAGGAUGCUCUCACAAGCCUCAAGAUGGGGAAGCUGGAUGCCUUCAUCUACGAUGCUGCUGUCCUCAACUACAUGGCGGGCAAAGAUGAGGGCUGCAAGCUGGUCACCAUCGGAUCUGGCAAGGUCUUUGCCACCACUGGCUAUGGCAUCGCCAUGCAGAAAGACUCCCACUGGAAGCGGGCCAUAGACCUGGCACUCCUGCAGUUCCUGGGGGAUGGAGAGACCCAGAAGCUGGAGACCGUGUGGCUCUCAGGGAUCUGCCAGAAUGAGAAGAACGAGGUGAUGAGCAGCAAGCUGGACAUCGACAACAUGGCGGGCGUCUUCUACAUGCUGCUGGUGGCCAUGGGGCUGGCCCUGCUGGUCUUCGCCUGGGAGCACCUUGUCUACUGGAAACUUCGUCACUCGGUGCCCAACUCACCGCAGCUAGACUUCUUGCUGGCUUUCAGCAGGGGCAUCUACAGCUGCUUCAACGGGGUACAGAGCCUCCCCAGCCCUGCGCGGCCACCCAGCCCGGACCUUACAGCAGGCUCAGCCCAGGCCAGUGUGUUGAAGAUGCUACAGGCGGCUCGAGACAUGGUGAACACCGCGGAUAUGAGCAGCUCCCUGGACCGCGCCACACGCACCAUCGAGAACUGGAGCAGCAACCGCCGCACACCUGCUCCCACCAGCUCCGGCCCGCGGUCAUCCACCCCGGGUCCUCCGGGACAACCGAGUCCCAGUGGCUGGGGGCCUCCCGGUGGGGGCCACACACCGCUAGUGCGCAGGGCCCCGCAGCCCUCCGGCCGCCCCGCGAUGUGCGGGCCGCCUCCUCCCGUAGUGUCCCGAGCACCCUGCAGGCACGCUUGGGAUACGCGGUGGCCGGUGCGGGCUGGGCACCCGGGGCGGCACCUUUCGGCCUCCGAGCGGCGCGCGCUUCCGGAGCGCCCCCUGUUGCCAGCGCCCUGCCACUACAGCUCCUUCCCUGGAGCUGAGAGAUCCGGGCGCCCCUUCCUCCCGCUCUUCCCGGAGCCCCCGGAGCCGGACGACUUGCCGCUGCUCAGGCCGGAACAGCUGGCUCGGCGGGAGGCUCUGUUGCGCGCGGCCUGGGCCCGGGGCCCGCGUCCUCGCCAUGCUUCCUUACCCAGCUCGGUAGCAGAAGCCUUCACUCGAUCCAGCCCGCUGCCUGCCAGGUGCAACGGUCACGCCUGUGCCUGCCCCUGCCCCCAAAGCCAGCCAUCCUGCAGGUACUUGGUUCAGGCACAGUCGAUGCGUCUGCCGUCCUACCGAGAAGCCUGUGUGGAGGGCUUACCCGCAGGGGCGGCCACCUGGCAGCCCAGACAGCACGUCUGCCUGCACACCCAUACCCACCUGCCAUUCUGUUGGGGGGCUAUCUGCCGUCAUUCUCUACCCUGUGCGAGCCACAGCCCCUGGCUCACUGGAGCCUGGGAGCCUCCAUUACACAGAGGCAGGACCCUGGGGCUAGGCACAGGCUACAGGGACAGUGGGGUGCUGGAAGAGGUCAGCAGGGAAGCCUGUGGGACACAAGGUUUCCCAAGGUCCUGCACCUGGAGGCGAAUCUCCAGCCUGGAAUCAGAAGUAUGAGGUGCCAGCUGCUCUGGUUCCUGCUAGACUGGAUUUUGUGGCUGGCCUUGGCCAUGUUUGGUGGGCAGGCAAGUGUGGACUUCUCUGGCUUCUACUUUGAAAUCCUGGCCACGAGACCCUAGUGAAGAUGAUGUCUGCCAUGGCCAGUUCGUGACCUUAGAAGGCUCGGGUCCUGGUGUGGGCUGAGAUCUUGCUCAUCACACAAAGUCUUGUAGUCACAGGAGGUAAAAAUGGGUCCCUGUGCUGGUAUCAGCCAGAUCCUAGUUGUGGCUGCUGUGGCCUUGGGUUGGGGACACAGAAAUUGGAACUGGAGGUUGGGGUGGGACCAUCCUCCCUUAAUCCAGUAGGUUGAAGUUUCUUCUCAUUGGAGCAUUAAAGCAAUGUUUCACAA